CUCACUCUCUCAAGCUUCUCCCAUUCGUUGGUGCCCUCUCAUAAGGCAACAGCAGCACUCUUCAUACACAAAUACAUUGAUAUCGAACCGCAAUCUAUCGUGGAUAAUUCAUACGUCGCAAGCGGUUCCCGCUUGUUUUCUACUGUACUUUUUUUUUAAAAUACAAAUAAUAUAUUAUAAAUUAUUUAAAAAAUAAUAUUUAAAUUUUUUAAAAAAUAGAAAAUAUAUUUUAAAUUUAUAAUAAAUACAUACGAGUAUGUGAAUUGUGUAAAAUAACUAUUUAAAAUAUAUUUUCUCAUUUGUACUUGUAUAUUUUAUAACAUUUACAAAGUUUAUUUCAUUCGUCUGUGUAUAUAGUUACUUACACUACUGUUGCUGAUCCUCGCCUCCUCGACGUCUCGUGGGGUCAGUGCCUGCUCGGAUCUUGAGCAGGAACACCAGUGGGGAUCGGAUCACUCCUCUUUCUAUCAUAAAUUUUUUAUAAAUUUAUUUUUUUUCAAUUUCAUUUGAUAGUUUGACGCGACAAACAAGUGUUUAUUUAUAUUUAUUAUUUAAAAAAUUACAAGAUUUUCUUUUUUUUCGUUUUUUUAUUUAAACAAUGUGAGUGAUUUUGUUUGUUUUGAUUUUUUUUUAAUUAUUAUUAUUAUAUUACGUACAUUGAACUUGAUAAAUAAUUUUUUAUAUUGUUUUUUUAUUUUAUUUUAAAUUUAAAAGUGAAAUUAAAGGUGGUGAAUUUCUAGGGCGUAUUUCCGAUAUUCGGUUUAAUCCUGGGUUUCUUGGUGCAUUGAAUUCCUUUGACUGAGUGUUUGAUUAAAAACUUGAAUAUAUAUUUAUUAUCACUGUGAAAAAGCAAAAAGUAAUUAUAGAAAAUAAAAAUAUAAAAAUUUAAGACAAAUAGACUUGAGAGUGUUUUAAAGAAAAGUGUGAUUAAAAAAGUUCGUGACUCAUGUGUGAAUAGACAUUUAAAUAAUAAUAAAAAAAAUUAAAAAAUAAUAAUAAUAUAUUAAAUGUCAAGAUACGUGAGGAUUUGAACUUAUCUAAAAAUAUUUUGACAAUGACUAAUGAACUCCAGAAUGAUGUUGGAUUUAAAUAUUCUCAAAGUGCAGAAUUAAAUGUUUGUAUAAACAGAGUAAAAAAAAGUAUCAAACAAAAUUCAGGAUAAAAUAAUUAUACCAUGAGAUACAAGAAAUAUAUUUUAAAAAAAUAAUUCAAACAAUCUUUGACGCAAGUGGUUUUGACAUAACAAUAAGUAAAUUAUAAAGAAAAAAAAAUUGAUGAAGAAUCAAGAUAGAAGGUGAUCAAAGUGAACAAAGAAACACAAUUGCGUCUUAAAGUUGGAAAAUUUUUAUUAAGAAUGGACCAUGUAGAUGCUAAUUUACGAUUGAUGUUAGAAAAAUUAAAAUGGCCAAUGAGAUGUGACGGCCUAUCAUCAAAAUUAUCAAUAAAUUUAUUUUUAAUAAAUUUGAUUAACAGUGAUAAGCAUUAUUUAACAUUGGCAUUUAAAUUAUUUGAUGGCCAGUUGGCAGUCAAUACAGCGAUGCGACGAUGAGCCCCGUGUGUGCUGAGGCCAAAAUAAGGCUGGCCAUGGACCUUGAAGAAACAAGAAACGGCAACAUCGAAACCGACGAGGAUUACACAAAUAUCCACUUCAUCGUCGGCGAUCGAAGGGAAAUUGCAAGCUUUCGACCUGAUCAAGUUACCAAUAAAGAGCUUAAGGAGCUUUUUAGAAGUGCAGCAGAGGCAGGACCUCAAGAUAUAGUGAAGCUUCGAAAAGGUGAUAAAUUGCUAAAUAUAACAGCUCAAUUGUCAGCCAAUACAAUAGACACACCAUACGUAUUACAGAUUGUUGGUGCACAUUUACCAACAUCAGGAAUGAUUGAAGCUGACCUGUUGCGAGAACUUGAGCGUCGAAUAUCAUCGUUGGAACGUGAGAUUCGACAACAACAGGAUGCAAUAUCAUCAGAACCAUCACUUGCACUACGUGAACUCAAAGAUCAGAUGGAUGCAUUUAGAACAAAGCUUGAAACUACUGAGCAUCUCAGUUGGCUUGGUUUUCAUAAAAAAUUGCCUAGUCCUGUGUCAUCUGAAGCAUGCAGGCGCUUGCAGUAUCGUCGAAAAAGUGACAGUGUUAAACGUCAAGUACGUGAAGAAUUUCUUAAAAUUUGUGAUAUAUCAUUGUCAUUGAGCGUCAAUAAAUGGCUUCGUUCACCUGCAUUUGAUGCUGGACAAUGGAAAGAUGAGGAAUUAUUAUUGAUGCUUCAAACAAUGUUUAUUGAACUUGAAUUACCACAAAAGUUUGAUAUACCAUUUCCAAUACUUCGUAAUUUUCUUUAUGAAGUAUAUAAUAAUUACAAUGCAGUACCAUUUCACAAUUUUCGUCAUUGUUUUUGCGUUGCCCAAAUGAUGUACGCAAUUGCAUGGGCUGUUGAUCUUCCAAAUAAAAUUGGACAUUUAGAAGUAUUGGUACUUAUUGUAUCAUGUAUUUGUCAUGAUCUUGAUCAUCCUGGUUAUAAUAAUAUUUAUCAAAUAAAUGCAAGAACUGAAUUAGCAUUGAGAUAUAAUGAUAUAUCACCAUUAGAAAAUCAUCAUUGUUCAGUGGCAUUUAGAGUUCUUGAAUCACCAGAAUGUAAUAUAUUAGCAUCACUUGAUUCAACAACAUAUAGAACUGUUCGUGAAGGAAUAAUAAGAUGUAUACUUGCAACUGAUAUGGCAAGACACAAUGAAAUACUUGGACAAUUUAAUGAUACUAUUUCAGAAUUUGAUUAUUCAAAUAAAUCACAUAUUAAUUUGUUGUCAAUGGUUUUGAUAAAAGUAGCAGACAUAAGUAAUGAAGCUCGUCCAAUGGAAGUUGCAGAACCCUGGCUGGACCAGUUACUGCAAGAAUUUUUCAAACAAAGUGAUGCUGAAAAAUUAGAGGGUCUUCCAGUAACACCAUUUAUGGAUCGUGAUAAAGUUACAAAACCAUCAUCACAAUGUAGUUUUAUUGGUCUUGUUUUACUUCCAUUAUUUGAAUCAUUAGGUGAAUUAUUAACUGAACUUGAUGAUUUAAUUGUACAACCAGUACGUGAUGCACUUGAAUAUUAUCGUCGUUUAAAUGAAGCAGCAAAAGAUGAACGUCAUCAUCGUAAAAGUAUUGUUGAUGUUGGUGAAUCAACAUUAUCAACAAUGCCAAUAAAUACAAAUACAAAUACAACAUUAUCAUCAUCAUCAAUUGUUAUUAAAUCAACAUCAUCACAAAGUAUGAAAUCAAAAAGAUCAAUAUGUAGUACAUUACGUUCACGUUCACGUUCACGUUCAAUUGAAGAUGAUAAUGAUAAUCAGCUAAUUGAAGAUGAUGCUGAAAAUGAUAAUGAAAGUUCAGAUCCAGAAACAGCAACUGAAGUUGAAAUAUCAGAAAAAACAUUAAAAUUUAAAAUAUCAACUGAAGGUAAUAUUGCAACAACAUCUGCUGGACGUAAAAGUUAUCCAGGUAGUCGUAAAGGUAGUAGAGAAAAAUCAUCAUUUGAUUAUUAUCAUAAUAACGAUUUGGUUAAAGCAAUUAAAGAUCAUGAACGUGAAAGAAAAAAAUCACGUGGUGAAAUUAUAAGUAGUGAUAUGAGUUCACCAGUUAGUGCUAGAUCUGGUGAUGAUACACGUAUUAUUGAAGAAUAUGAAAAAGAUGAUAAUGAUACCAAUGAAAAUGGUAUUAAUACAGAAAUUAUAAAUAAUAAUAAUACAAAUAAAUCACCUAAAAAAAAAACAACAACAACAACAUCAACAACAAAAAUAACAGAAAAAACAACAAUGACAACAACAUUCAAUGAUAAUGAUGGAGAUGAUGAUAAAAUAAUACGUAAAGAUAUUAUUGUUAUUAAUGAUUGUUGUUGUUGUGAUGAUAAAACAACAGUCAAUAAUCAUAAAUCAUUAUUAUCAAGAUUACGUAAUUUUACUGAUCGUCUUAGUAUUAGUUUUGAUUCAAAAGAAUCACCAUUAACAAAAACAUCUAAAAAUCAACAACAACAAUUUGGUAAAUGUUUAACUAAAAGUAAUUCAGUUAUGACUAGUUGUACUAGUCAAUCAACAACAACAACAAUGCCAUCACCAAAACAAAAUAAUUUGCUUGUAUUAUGUAAACGUUGUAAUUUGGUUAAAACAAAUAAUAUUAAUAAAAAAGAUAGUCAAAUUGUAACACAAUUUGAUAAACGUGCAAUGACAUUACCAAAAACUAAAAAAUCACAUGAUGGUAAAAAUAAAAGUUGGCGUAUGGUAUUUACAAAAGAUAAAAGACCAUCAUCAUCACUUGAAUUAUUUCCAUCAUCAAAUGAUAUUGUUGAUACACAAACAAUAAAACAUAAACGUAAUUUAUCAAAUCCCGAAGGUAAAAUAACAAUAAAUAAAUCACAAAGUUUAAAAUUAACAAAAGAACAACAAAAAAUAUUAAAUUUUCAUGAAAUUGAUAUUAGAAAAAAAUUAAAACCAGAAAUUAUUGUUCUACCAGGUAGUUCAAAUUUACUUGAUGAAAAUAUUGAAAAAGUUGAAAUAAGAAGAAGUUCAGCAAGUAUGGAAGAUAUAUCAAAAAUAACAAAACAAAAUGAAAAUUUAUUAUUGGGUACAUUGGAAAAUAAAACAAUUGAUGAUUUACAACAUACUGGUAGUCUUGAUUCAAUGUUAUACAAUGAUUCAACUAAAAUUAUUAAAAAACCAUUUGGUUUUUCAUCACCAAGUAGUACUAAAAAAUCAACAACUGGUGGUAUAUUUUCACGUUUUAAAUCUGGUAUGAGUAUUGAUGGUACACGUACACCAAGUAACAGUGGUUCAUUGCAUGAUCAACCAUCACAAAGUGGUUGGAUAUCAUCAUUAACUGCUAGUUUUCGUCCAAAGCGUCAUACAAAUGAAUUACCAUCAUCACCUGGACAUGAAGAAGUCAAGUGAUAUAUUUUUAGCGAUAAAAAAUUAUCUUGUUGCACUGGUUAAUUCAAGUCAAUACUAUAUUAUAUCGCUGGAUUGUUGUUUCCAUUUUUUUUUUUUUUUUUGGAUCUUGUAUUUACAAAUUCAAAUGAUCAACUUGAUCAUCAAUUGAAAUGCAUAAUUAUUGUGAAUUAAAAUAUUAGUGGUGAUAUAAAUCUUUGAAUUUUAGAAGUGGUAAAGUCAAUCGUUAGGCUCAAUAUUAAAAUUUUCAUGAUGAUGACGGUUUUAAUCGAGUGAUAAAUAUAAUUGUUUGAUCAUUUUAUUUAUUGUCAAACCAAAUAGCCUAAUAAAGUAAUUAUUAAUGUUGUUUGUUAAAAACAUAAAUGAAUCAAAUGAUUAAGAAAACAUUUUAACAAAAAUAUAUAAAUGUAUAUUGAAUAUAUAUUAUUAUUAUUAAAUAUAUAUUUAAUAUUAUCAACAUGUGUAUGAAUUAUUAUAAUUAUUGUUUAGUUUGUAGUUUUAAAAAAUAUUUAAAAAUCGUAGACAAAAUUAUUGGUAAUUAAAUGCAUCAACGAAAUAAAUGUGAAACGAUAAAAUAUUCACAAAUCACAGUAUUGUUAUUUCUCAUAAUUUAAAUGUAAUAUUAUUAUUAAUUUUUAUUAUUAAUAUGACAAAUGUGCGUUUAUUAUUUUAUUGUAUUUUAAUUUUGUGGUUCAUUAAUUUUUCGAGCGGUAUUCAUGAUAUUUAAAUGAUAAAAUUAUCAAUGUAAAAAUUAAAUUACAAAUAUUCAUGAAAACAUAACAAAAAUUAAGGGCUGUUAUGUUUUUUUUUUUUUUUUUAUUUAUUACUUUAUUAGUGUUAUUUUGAAUAUUGAUUUAAAAAAUAACGAGUAAAUGGUUUUUUUGUUUUUUAUUUUUAAUGUUGAAAAAUGAAAAUAGAUAUUAAAUAAGUAGAUGAAAAAUAUCGUUCAGUUUUAUAGGUCAUGUAGAAAUGACUAGAUAUUAAUCAAUCAACAAAUACAUUAAUCACAUGAAAAAUAAAUGAAUAAUCGAAUGAAAAAUGAGAAAAAAACUAUAAAUUCAUUAAACAAUUAUUAUUAUUUUUUUUUAACUAUACAUUUAUUUUCUCUUGUUUGCAAUAAUAAUCAUUUUGAUUGUUUAAAUAUUUAUAUUUUUAUACUUCACCAGUGUGUAUAUGUUUACUAUUAUUAAUAUUUUUUUUUUUUCUAUACGGCGAUUUUAACGCAUGUAUUUUUGAACUCUAGUCUUAUGUUUAUAUCGUCAUUGUCCCAAUAGAUUGGACUAAAAAAAAAAAAACAAUUUAAUUAAUUAAUUUUUAUGACUGUCGUACAAUUUUUUUUUCUUUGUUUCUUGUUACCAAAAUCCAAUAAUUUUUUAAAUUAAUUUUUUCAACAUGAUAGUUAUAUAAUAACAAAACAAAAAAUAUAAAAAAAAAAAAAAUACAUUUCAAUCCUACGACCAAUUUUAUUAACUCUAAAAAAGUGUACUUCUCAAAAAAAUUAUUUUAAAAUAAAAAAUGAACAAAUAUUUUUAUGCCAGUUGAAAAAAAAAACAUAUAUAAAAUUACAUUCCGGAAUUUUAAUUGAACCAAAAUAAAAUAAUAAUUAUUAAAAAUUCAAAUGAAACAAGUCUCUAUAAUUAUAUUAAAAAAAAAAAAAAAAAAAACUACUACCUGUGCCUGAUGUUUGUCAUUUAUUUAUUUAAAUUAACUUCCUGUCUCUCUUCGAUAACUUGGCCUAAUUAUUAAUUAAUGUGGGUCAUCAUACAGCAUCCACAAAUAGUUUUUUAAUUUAUAAUAUUAUUUUAUUAUUACUAUUAUAUAUUUUGUAAAUUUAAUUUUUAUCCUUAUAAAUAAUUAUCAAAUAUCAUUGCCGAGUUAGUCAAUUAAGAUAAUAUAAUUCGUAAAAAAAAAAAAAUUAAUAAUACAAUAAAACUAUUCAUCGACAUCUGAAUUUGAAAAAUAAAUAAAAAUCAUUUAUGUUAAAACUUAUCGUAUAAUGUUUAUAGAAUUAAAAAGAAAAAAAAAUAUCGAUGAUGCACUUUUUAAAGAAAAAUUAAUGCACAUUUAAGCUCGACGUUUAAAAAUAUUGAUUGUUUUUUUUUUUCAUUGGAAAUAUGAUAAUUAAUGAAAAUAAUCUUGUCAUUUAUUGUUUGAAUAAUUUAAAAAAGGCGUUUUUGUGAUUGUAAAUAUAUUUUUUGCCUUAUUUAUUUGUGGAAAAUAUAUAUCACUACUGAUUAAUCAAUUUAAAUUUAAUCAUGAUAAAUAAAUUACAUUAAAAUAUCAUUGUUUGUGACAAUAUAUUCAAACAAACUAAUAUUUAAAAAAAUAUAUAUAUCUAUAUGGAAAAAAACUAAUGUCUUUAAUAUUUAAGAAAUCGUAUGGAUUUUACGUAAAGUAUGACUUUGAAUUAAUAAAAUCGCUCGCAGGCGAGUCGAAAAAUAAUUUUAAAAAAUAAUCCAUAAAGUAAUUAAUGUCAAAAAAAUAUAAUUUUUCUUUUUUAGUUAAUUCAUAGUUAAUUGGUGUGUUUAAUUAUAACUGUUGAAUGAAAAAUUAAAGCAAAAGAAAUUUUUUUUUUUUUUCUUUCAUCUCAAUUAUUUAUUCACUUGGAUUGAUAUUACAUUGUCAAAAUAAGAUAAUGAAAAAAGAAUACUACGUAAAAAAGUGUAUUACAAG